CGCGACGCUACUAACACUUCUGUUAUCAGUGCUGUGACAGUACAUUGGGACUAACGAUGGCAGGAUUACCCUCGAUGGUUUUAGCCUCAGUGGCAAUAACGUUGUUGGUAGCCGAUAGCUACGCGUUUCCUGGUCCCGUGCCCGCUGGACCUGGUGGGGCUCCUAGGGCUGCUCUUGGUGGCGCACCUGGUGGCGCUCCUAUUGGCACCCCCGCAGAAGCCCGGGCCGCUGGCGCCCCUCACUCCAAAGAGGCUAAGGAUCUCGAAGGCUCAGAAACUUUCGGAUUAGGAUACUACGGAUACGGAUACGGAUAUCCUCUAGCUUACUCUUCCUACUACUAUCCCCGCUACUCGAACUACUACAGACCUUACAGAUACUACAGUAGUUAUAGACCGCACAAGCAUUCAAACGACGACUGGUAUUCCUACUACUCCUACGACAGCUACUGGCGAUGAUGUACGAAUCAUGGCUACUUCAGAAUAACUCACUUUGGAUACAUAUUAGAAUAGAAGGGUGUAAUAAACGUUAUUUUGUACUGUAA